CUUUUCUCUCUCACACAGAGACAUGGAGGACAUGGCAUCUCUGUGGAAUUUUCAGGAGAUGCUUUUCAUCCCUGAAGAAUUGGCUUUGUGAACAUUGAAGAGCUGAAGCAGAAGCUUUUGUAUGCCACCAUUGAACUGGAAUCAGCAAGAAUGGAAGCAAAUGAGGAAAUGAAAAAGAACAAGGAGAGCAUCAAGCAAUUACUUCAGCUCUUGAAGGUUGCUUACCAAGAAAGAGAUGAAGCAAGAGAUCAGCUGCAGAAGAUACUGAACAAGGUCGUGCCUUCUAGCCCGCCUGAGUUCUUGCCACUUCGACCUCAGCUCCAACCUGAGAGCCCCCUCAUAAAGCCCACCAAAGCAAACUCCAGCAUUACUGAAUCUAACAGUCUAUCAGAAACAUAUAAUCCCCAGUCCCAUGGCUCUCCCCCAGUGGAUUCCUUCUUUGAUACAGUAACGUCCCCGGAUCUAUCCAAUAUCACCUUGGCUGAUUCAAGUAAUAUGGCAUUUGUGAAUCAGCCUUUUGUUCAAGAGUAUAAUGGCUCUGUACCAGCAGGUUUGGUUUCUUCAGGAACGGCGAAGAUUGACCAAGCUUCUGCAGUAAUUGAUAAUCUUGUUAAGGGAAAAGCUCUGCCUCAAAAGGGAAAUCUUUUACAGGCUGUAAUGGAAGCAGGUCCCCUUCUUCAGACACUUCUUGUUGCAGGGCCUCUUCCCCGGUGGCGGAACCCUCCCACACUGCAGCCCUUCCAAAUUCCACCUGUUUCUAUCAAAGGGUGUGACACAGCAGUCAACAAUCAGAAAACAGCUGCAAAUCUGAGCAAUUUUGUUCAAAAACCAUUGAACUCCUCAUCAUAUGUUGAGAUGUCUUGUGGUUCUUCUCAAAUGUUUUCCUCAUCGAUGUUGAAUUUUGCAAGCGGUCAUAAUGGAUCGUGUUUCAGCACUGGGGGUCUGCUAACCUCUGGUGUCAAUAUUAACAAUCAAAUCCCAACUGGCAAGAGACAAAGGUUCCACUGAAGCCAUGAAACUUUACUACUCAUCUGUAUAAAACAAACUGAUGGUUGAUGGUGUAAAUGGUUCACAUUGUUUUCAAAUUUGGAUGACAUAGCUGUGACUUAGCUUCUCCAUUUACAUUCUUCCCCAUCCUAGUUGUUAUGUUUCUAGCUUUGAUUUGAAAUAUGAUUAUAUCGAUUGAAGAUUGCGAA